AUGCUGCUGCACCACCGGGAGGAGUGCGUCAACUGGCGCCUCGUCCGUGAUGAUCACCGCGACCCAGAGCUGCACCUGUCGCCCCGCCACGGCGCCCACACCGCAAAGGUGCGACGGCCCGCCAUCAAACCUUGGGCUUCAACGCUGGUCACUGGCUGGGUGAUCCAAAAGAUGGAUUACACCAUGGAGCGCGAGAUGCACGACCGCCUCGAGAAGUUUCUUGCGCUGUCCCUUGGGGGGUGCCCGACAACCGUCUUGCCGCCGACCCGCGCCCAGCUUGAAGACGAGCCCGAGGGCUCUUUCCUUCGAUCUGCCCCAGCCCGUCACUCACGAGGAGAGAACGAUAGCGCACUGUCGGUCAUGCAGUUUGAGAGCACAUACCAGGCGCUCAUCACCGACAUGCUUCCCAUGUUUCCCGCCAUUUCAUCUACCCACGCCGGCAUAGACACUCACUUCGAUGCCGUUCUUUCCUUCAGCCUCGACGACGACGCCGAUGCCAUUUCGUGGGUUCGACCAGACCUCAUCGCCGAGCUGCACCUCGGUGCGCCGCACGAGACACGUCCCCUUCGCCGGCUGUCUGUUGUCGAACUCAAGUCGCUCACGACCGCGCCUGAUAGCGCCUUCGAUGCAUUGGACCAGCUCGGGACGCGCAAGUUUUACAUUGCGCCCGCUGCGACACCCAACACGGUCACAGUCACGGUCACAACAACGGCCCAAUACCCGACGAGACUCCGUCCACGUCCACCGCGCUCGUCACCGCCGUCUGGCCCGCAGUACGUUGCGGCCACCAACAUUGCUGACGUUGCCGGCUAUUGUCUGAAAGCCGGCGUGGCAACGGGUCUGUGGUCAUCAGUCGCUCGUCACGUCCCCAUUUUUGUCGACAGGGCCACGCACACCAUUUACUUUGGCUCUUCUUACGGACACCGGCUCCGCGGUGCAGAGGUUGACCGCGAGUGCAGGGAACGCAGCCAGCAGAGCCAGCGUCAACACGGCAACCAGAGCGAGAGCAGCGAGCACAGCGCGCGCGAGCGCAGCAAGCAGGGCGAGCAGACCGACCCGGGUGACACUGACACCCACACCGAUGUGUGCGAGGUCACCGUCAAACCGGACCCUUCUUUCCUCUUCAUUCGUACUACGCUCGACCUGUGGGCCAUGGAGGCACUGGAAGCAGAAAUGGGCGAGAGCAUGGUAGAGGUGAAAGUGGGUGAGGCGAGCGACGAUGAGGGCAGCGCAGGCCUUGGGCCGGACGAGAUGGACUGGGACAUGUCGUUUGCCGACAUGUAUGCUGCGCGCUCAGGAAAACGCGUUCGCACUGUAUAA